AUGACCGACUCAAAGUACUUCACAACUACUAAAAAAGGUGAAAUAUUCGAACUGAAAAAUGAGCUCAAUUCUGACAAGAAAGAAAAGAAAAAGGAAGCCGUUAAGAAGGUCAUUGCAAGUAUGACAGUUGGAAAGGAUGUUAGUGCUCUAUUUCCGGAUGUCGUCAAUUGUAUGCAAACAGAUAAUGUUGAACUGAAGAAGCUUGUUUACUUGUAUCUAAUGAACUAUGCCAAGUCGCAACCCGAUCUGGCCAUUAUGGCAGUGAAUACAUUUGUAAAGGAUUGUGAAGACCCGAAUCCCUUGAUCCGAGCGCUUGCGGUCCGAACAAUGGGAUGUAUUCGUGUUGAAAAAAUUACCGAAUAUCUCUGUGAUCCGUUACGGAGAUGUAUGAAGGAUGAGGAUCCAUAUGUACGAAAGACAGCUGCCGUUUGUGUUGCUAAACUACACGAUAUGAAUCCAACUUUAGUCAAAGAUCAAGGAUUCGUUGAGCUUCUUAAUGAUUUGCUUUCUGAUGCCAAUCCUAUGGUAGUAGCCAAUGCUGUCGCUGCUUUGACUGAAAUGAAUGAUCAACAAACUGUCAUCGAAGUCAACAGUCAAAUGGUGAACAAGCUUCUGACAGCUUUGAACGAGUGCACCGAGUGGGGACAAGUUUUCAUUUUGGAUGCUCUUGCUGGAUACACUCCACGCGACGAACGAGAAACUCAGAACAUCUGCGAACGUAUCUCUCCAAGAUUAGCCCAUGCCAAUGCUGCAGUCGUCCUCUCCACUGUCAAAGUGCUUAUGAAGCUUAUCGAUAUGAUGCCCGCUGAUUCGGAUUUUAUCACUCAGCUCACCAAGAAACUAGCCCCACCAAUGGUCACUCUGCUUUCCGCUGAACCUGAAAUUCAAUAUGUGGCAUUGAGAAACAUCAACUUGAUCGUUCAAAAGCGUCCGGACAUCCUUAAACAAGAAAUGAAAGUGUUCUUUGUGAAAUAUAACGAUCCAAUCUAUGUGAAAAUGGAAAAACUCGACAUUAUGAUUCGUCUGGCUCAACAGAACAAUAUCUCUCAAGUGCUGAGUGAACUGAAAGAAUACGCGACUGAAGUUGAUGUGGACUUUGUCAGAAAGUCUGUUCGUGCAAUUGGACGAUGCGCAAUCAAAGUGGAGACCAGCAGCGAAAGAUGCGUUCAAACACUUCUUGAACUCAUCCAAACAAAGGUUAAUUAUGUUGUGCAAGAAGCUGUUGUUGUGAUUAAGGACAUCUUCAGAAAGUAUCCCAAUAGAUACGAGAGCAUUAUCUCUGCUCUUUGUGAGAACUUAGACACUCUUGACGAGCCAGAAGCUCGUGCUUCGAUGAUUUGGAUUAUCGGAGAAUACGCCGAGCGCAUCGACAAUGCUGAUGAACUUCUUGAAAGCUUCGUUGAAGGCUUUCACGAUGAGAAUACUCAAGUCCAGCUCCAACUGCUCACCGCCGUUGUCAAACUUUUCCUGAAGAGACCAGGAGUCGCCCAGGCCCUUGUUCAACGCGUUCUUUCUCUUGCUACUCAGGACAGCGACAACCCAGAUCUUCGUGAUAGAGGAUUCAUUUACUGGAGACUUCUAUCUGCUGAUCCAGCUGCUGCCAAGAAUGUUGUUCUCACUGAGAAACCUUUGAUUUCGGAAGAGACUGAUCUUCUAGAGCCAUCCCUUUUAGAGCAAUUGGUUUGCCACAUCGGAACGCUUGCAUCUGUUUAUCAUAAACCUCCAUCAGCAUUUAUCGAUCCCGCGAAGGCCCCACUUCGUCAAAUCAAUCCGAUUCCAACUGCCAAAUUUGGUUCUAGUCUACUGGAUACGUCCUCCGCAACUAAUGCGUCUAGAAAUGGAUCUGCUCCUACUGUCAUCCCGUCUCAAGACCAGGUCAUUGCUGAUCUCCUGUCUCUUGAUUUGAAUGCACCUGCCACCAGUGCCAACACAGGAGGCUAUGGAGCUUCAAUGUCAGGAACCACCUCCAUGGGUGGACUUGAUGAUCUUCUUGGACUGGGAGGUGAUUCCAUGCCCGCUGCACCUGCGAUGGCUUCCUCAAAUAAUCCAUUUGAUUCCCUUGCUGGACUUGGAAUGCCAAGUGCUGUUCCAGCAGCUCAACAACCAGCUUCCAUCGGUGGUCUCGCUGAAAUCUUCGGAUCUGGUGGUUUCGGAGCAUCUUCUGGCUACACACACCCGAAGGAAAUGUGGCUUGAAGCAUCGAAGGCUAUGGGAAUGCAAGUUGAGGGGACUUUUGUGCGAAGAAAUGGAAGAAUUUCCAUGGAGAUUACAAUCACUAACAGAGCCAUGCAAGCAAUUUCUGAAUUUGCCCUCCAAUUCAACAAAAACUCGUUUGGCCUGAUACCUGUUGAGCAGAUGGAUCAAUCUCCAAUUCUUCCAAAUCAAUCCAAAAAUUUCACGAUAGUUUGUGACACCUCAGGACCGGUUCAGGUCACCACACCACUCACGAAUCUUCAGGUGGCUAUAAAGAACAACAUCAAUGCCUUCUAUUUUGCCACUCAAGUUCCACUCAUCGUUUACUUCCGAGAAGAUGGACAGAUGGAGAAGCGUGAGUUUUUGGAGGAGUGGAAGAGCAUUCCAGAGCAGAACGAGCAACAAUUCUCACUUCAAAACACUCAAAAUAUGAACGCAGAUGCGAUUUGCACAAAAUUGCAACAGAAUAACAUUCAUACGGUAGCUCGUCGCCAAGUCGAUAAUCAGCAGCUUCUGUACCACUCCGUGAAAUACACCAACAAUUUGAAUGUCCUUUCCGAGCUGAAAGUUAACUCGCAGAACACUGCAAUUACGCUAUCCUUGAAAUCCAAAAACUUGAUGGCCAUCGCAAACAUGAACGAAGUCUUCCAGUCACUUCUCAACUGA